AGCUGGCCGAGGAGGAGGAGGAGGAGGGAGGAGGAGGCGGUAACAGCCACAACUCGGAAUUUGCAAGCCAGGGUCGGGAUGGGGUCUGUUUCCAACCAGCAGUUUGCAGGUGCGAAGCCGGGUGAGGAGACGACCGGAGACUCCCCCAAGGCUGAAAACGAAUCCCAACCUCUGCACGGCUCCGGCAUCUGCAAGUGGUUCAACGUCCGCAUGGGUUUCGGCUUCCUCUCCAUGACCGCCAAGGGCGGCGCGACGCUGGACUCGCCCGUCGACGUCUUCGUGCACCAGAGCAAGCUCCACAUGGAGGGUUUCCGCAGCCUGAAGGAGGGCGAAGCUGUCGAGUUCACCUUCAAGAAGUCAUCCAAAGGUUUGGAGUCCAUCCGGGUGACCGGCCCGGGGGGCGUCUUCUGCAUCGGCAGCGAGAGGAGACCCAAGGGCAAGAGCCUCCAGAAACGCAGAUCGAAAGGAGACCGAUGCUACAACUGCGGCGGGCUGGACCACCACGCCAAAGAGUGCAAGCUGCCGCCGCAGCCCAAGAAAUGCCACUUCUGCCAGAGCAUCAGCCACAUGGUCGCCAACUGCCCGGCGAAAGCGCAGCAGUCCCCCAGCUCGCAGGGAAAGCCUGCCUACUUCCGAGAGGAGGAGGACAUGCACAGCUCGCCCCUGCUCCCCGAAACCCGGGAAUGAUGGCAGGCGGCGGCGGGGGCUACCACCGGGACGGAGAGGCUUUGGCAAGGCAACGGGUGGCCACGGGGGCCAGGAGGAGGGAGCGGGGAGGGGAGGCGGCAGCCCCUUUUCCUCCCCGCAGCCCGCUUUUAAUUGGGGUGGCUCCAAAAAUGGUGGGGGGAGCGCUCGGCGCACCUCUUGCAGGGGAAAAAGGAACACGUUUGCUUCGUCUUUAUUCUCCACGAAGCCAGGUACGAGGGUCCCCGGGAGGAGGAGCAGAGAGGCAGCAUCUCAGGGAGGCUCUCGCGGCUCCCUGCUCCCCCUGCCCCGUGCCCGGAGGAGGGAGGGACGAGGGCGGCAGAGCUGGGGGACACCCACGGGCCGGCCCCGCGGCUCCCCCAGCUCCUCGCUCGCAGGUCUCCCCGCUUCCGAACCCCGGAGCUGGGCAGCGGGAAGGCUGCGAGGGCUGCAAGUGCUUAAGCCAGCUGCCGGGGUUUUGCUGGUGGUGUUUCCCUCGGGGAAACUGCAACCCAGCCGGGGCUCCUGCACGUCGGCUCUUCCACGUGGAGCAAACCCACGCAGGGCAUGAAUACUCCUCCUGCCCAUUGCCGUGUGCCAGAAACCGAUGGCCCCUGGGCUCAGCCUGCCCAGGGACAGAGGGAAAAGGGGACCAGGGUGUCAGCAGCUGCUCUCGUCCCUCCCCGCCGCCCCCCGGCCUUGCCUUUAUUUAUUGGCCCCGGUGACAAUGAAUUUUAUAAUUUUAUUCUCCCGGGGCCGGCCGCCCCCUGCCCGUGCCGAAGCCAACACCAAGUGAAAGCUGCACUAGGAUGUGCGUGGAUGACGUAUCUUUGGGUUUGUUUGUCGUCUUUUUUUUUUUUUUUUUUAAUAUAAAUAUUCUGUUUUUUGUAUUUUUGUAUAUUUUAAUCUUUAAGAAAAAGGAAAAAAAAAAAAAAAAAAAUGAGAGAGAGAGAGAAAGGACCUAAUUCCUGCAACUUAUUCUCAGGUAUUCGAGCAAUCUCAGGGAUAAAAUGCCUCUGUAGCCCCGUGCUGGACAGAGAGGAGGGUUUUUUCCUAACAGCACAAAGAUGUGACAAAGUUUGUAUUGGAAGCGUAGAUCUACCUCACUGGAUGUUCGCUAGGUGGACUCGACGUGUUGUUGAGCUUUUUGGUUGUGUUUUAUUUUUUAUUUUUUUGGUAUGUUUGGGUUUUGUUUUCUUUUUAACUGUAUUUGAAUAGUCUCUUUCCCUUCCCUGCUGGACUGAGGAGGAAUUGGGGUCUGUCGAUCUGUGCGCAGGGAUGGAGAAGCCAGGCAGUGCAGGGGCAGGGAGCAGCUGCUAGAGCCCAGUGUUGGCUCCCCAACUCCAGAUUUUCUCCCAGCCUGGUGGCUUUUGAGGACUGUCCUCCACUUCCCUCUCCUGUUUACAUCCCCCUCCCCGCCGUCCCGAUGGGAACGCUCCUGUCUGCCCCGGGCCAGAGUCCCCCUUGUCACCUGCAGGCUGGGACGUCAAACAGGCUCCCAGCAGGCUGGUGACACGGGUCUGGGGACCAGAAAGCCAGGGUGGGGGUCCCAGGGCAACGUGGUGAGAGCUGACAGCAGCCAGGGAGGGUGUUGAGAGACCGAGCGUUGUCCCUGACUCCCUGCCCUCGCUCGUCCCCAAACUGGGACCUGCUGGGACAAGGGACCUGGUGCCAAGUUCUGGCACGGGAGGUGCAACGGCUCCGUCUGCUCCCUUCCUGGCUUCCCCCAAAUGUCAGCUCGUGAUGGUUGGGGAAGCUCUGGAUCCCUGCUUUCAGGCCAUUGACACUCCACUCCAAAACCCCGGGGCUGGCCGGAGCCUUCCCAGGGAGGGCAUCUUGCUGUGCUGGCAUCUCAGGAUGCGAGCACGGUUCCCACUGUUCUUUAGGUAGCGAUAGGUUUAGAUGUGGAGCAGGGCUGGACCAGGUGGAGAGGAUCUCCUCCAACCUCGCCAGCAGGAAUCACCACAGGGACUUGCCGAGGCUGCCAGAGCCUGGCGUUCCCUCCGAAGCUUUGCUCAGCCCCAAAUCCACCCCCUGCUCCCGAGGCUUGCGGGGAUGGAGAGCGGCUCCCAGCUGAGCCUGCCCUGCUCCAGUAGUUCCUAUGGUGAGGUGGUGGUCUCUUCUUGGGAGGGUGGGGGAAGGACCUCGAGUUCUCGACUAGCGAUGGGACCUAGACAAAGCCACUUCAGGGAAACCGCUUUUGUCUGAACGGGGUGAAUGCAAUAGGGCGCACCAGGCUGCGCAGUCUAACCCUGGGCUUCGGUCCCGCUGCGGGGGCUGCUGGCCCUCCCGUGGCACCUUGGUGGUGCCGGGGAAACGGCUGCCCCCCGGGUCUUGUAUCUGUCUUGAAGAAUCGUGUAGGAUCUUUCCCCCUCGCCCCCCAGUUUAAUGGUUUUGGUGAUUUUUCUGCUAGAUGCCUAGUACGUGUAAAUAUCUCUGUAAAUCUUUCCACUUUCUCUCAGUAUUCUUGAUUAUUGUUUACAAAAGUAACAAGAAAAAAAAAAAGAAAAAAAAAAUGAAAAAAAAAAAA